GCUGCUCUAAGUCCCGGCCUGGGAGCCGUGGCUCGGCUCACCGCUGCGAGAGGAGCGGAGCGCGGGGCCGGGGGCCGCUGUUCCCACCCGGGGACGCUCUUGCGGAGCCGAGCCCGGCAAAUGGGCGCACGAGGAAGAGAGCAGGGAAAUGGACUGCUAUUUGCGCCGCCUCAAACAAGAGCUGAUGUCCAUGAAGGAAGUGGGUGAUGGCUUGCAGGACCAGAUGAACUGCAUGAUGGGCGCGCUGCAAGAACUGAAGCUCCUCCAGGUGCAGACAGCUUUGGAACAGCUGGAGAUCUCCGGAGGGAGUCCUGCCCCGGGCUGCCCGGAAAGCCCCCGGACGCAGCCCGAGCCCCCUCCAUGGGAGGGUGGCAGAGGUCCUGCCACGCCUGCAGCCUGCCCCAUCUCCAACCAACCUUCUCUUGGCGCCAAGUUUCCGUCCCAUAGCAGUGCCUGUGGGCGGGACCUGGCCCCCCUGCCCAGGGCACAGCGACCGGAGCACCGAAGUGGUGCCUGGCAGGGGCCAGAGCUGGUGGAACCCGAAGACUGGACCUCCACCUUGAUGUCCCGGGGCCGGAACCGACAACCUCUGGUGCUAGGCGACAACGUUUUUGCAGACCUGGUGGGCAACUGGCUGGACUUGCCAGAAGUGGAGAAGGGUGGGGAGAAGGGGGAGGCGGGGGAGCCCAAAGGGGAGAAGGGCCAGCCCAGGGAGCUGGGCCGCAGGUUUGCCCUCACAGCGAACAUCUUUAGGAAGUUCUUGCGCAGUGUGCGGCCUGACCGAGACCGGCUGCUGAAGGAGAAGCCAGGCUGGGUGACGCCCACGGUCUCCGAGCCCAGAGCCGCCCGCUCACACAAGGUCAAGAAGCGGAGCCAUUCCAAGGGCUCUGGGCAUUUCCCCUUCCUGGGCACUGCAGAGCCCAGAAGGGGGGAACGUCCUUCCACAAGCUGCCCCAAGGCCCUGGAACCCUCACCUUCUGGCUUUGAUAUUAACACAGCUGUUUGGGUCUGAGUCCUAGAGACAGAACAUUGACUGAACCCAACAUGACCGGGUCCCAGUGCUGGGCCCUGGGAAGGAUGGGGUGUGGGCACUAUGGCUUUCAAAAGCCUAACUCCGAAUUCCUUUCCUCCAGAAAGGAGGGAGAAGCAGCAAGAGUGUCUGGAGCAGGGCUGACCAGUGUGUGGUUGAGAGAGGCUGUGGUGGGGGCUGGCUGGUGGGGAGGUGAGGGCUCCUGGGCUGAAAGAGAGACAUUGAGAGAGACAGUGGUGCUCACUUUGGGACUGCAGGUGACAAUGAGGGGCCGGGGGAGGAGACCAGGCAAUCCUGACAUUCCUUCAGGGCCCCCAAAGACUUCAGUUGAACAUUCUGUAUGGAUUAGGGCCCUGGGGUCUCAGGUUCCCCCAGAGAGGCCCCCGAUCUGGCCCCAACGUUAUAACCAUUGGCUUCCCUGGCAAGGCACUGCUCCAGACACAGGCAUGGAAACCCCAGCCCUCCUGGGAUCGGGAUCAGCAGAUUCCCACCCCCACUCCCUGUCGCCUUUAAGAUUUCAGCCCGUACCCGGGUCCUGAGACAUGGGCCGAAUAAGGAGUGUACCCAGGGGAGUACUUGAGAUAGCCCUAUGUCUUUUCAAAAGCACAGGAAAGAUAUCUAUCUGUAUAGCACUUUAAACGUUGGAAAGCCUUUUCAUGUCAUCUUCUGAGUAAGCAAGUAGGGCAGUGACCACCCCCAUCUCCCAGGUGAGGAAGCCGGCCUAGAUACGCCCCCUGCGGGCAGGAGGCAGACCAGAGCAGUGCAGCCCUGGAGUCACACGCGCUCCUUCCCCCCCGCACCCCGCCUCCAGCACCGAACCCGCACCCCGGACACAAGCACACGGGCAUCCGCCGGCGCGGCGAAGGUGCGCCCAUUCGACGCGCGCACUCAUGUUUAGAUUCCCAGCCUCACCCCGCGGCCUCCCUCCCCGCUGGGCGCGGAGGCCCGUCUGGCCGGACCAGACCGGCGGCGGGGAAGGGGAAGGGGCGGGCGGGCAGCUCCGCUCCGAUCGCGCGGCGCCUAGAGCUUUCCUGGAGCGGCGCACGUGGCCCUCCCGCCCCGCAGGGAACGCCCGCUGGCUGGGAAGAGACAAUGCGGGUCCCUGUUUGGGCCCGGCCCCGCCCUGCAGGCCUUCCCCCUCUCCUCCCCUCGCCCCUCCCGACUGAGCUCCCCUCCCGCCUGAUGGGGGGUGACAGCUGCAAUUAGACGCAAGCCGCCUUCCCGCCCUCGGAGCAUUAACAACUAACUGGAGGAGAAGAAUAACAAGCGAGGCUCUUCCUGCAUCCUGGACCCCUGGAGACCAAGAUGGCGGAGGGAGGAGGCUUCGCGCGGCCCCUCCACAGCCGGAGGUGGGGCCAGUUAGGGUCACUCUCAGACCCCCGCUCAAUCACGUGGGAGAGGUUUAGUUCUUGGUGGCGGAAGCUACCAGACGAAAGGUGCUACUUCUAGGUAUUUUCUCCAGUGCUCGCUCUUUGCCAGGCAGUGUGCAGAACCAUGCCUUCCAAACUUCAGAAUGACCCUAGAAAGUACCAUCUUCCCGGUAAAUCAGUGGGGGCUCUUUAGGGGUCAGAGAGGCUGCCCAGAUCAGGCUUCUAGCUAAUGGAGGAGCCAGGAUUUGGAACAGGAUUGUCUGGCUGCAAAACGGCCUUUUCUCCUGUCCCCGGAGUUUGCUGGUAGAGCCAGCCCUUUUCUGGAGGAGCAAGUCCCCGCUCAUCCUUUCUGUCUCCCCGGGGAACUGAGGUAGUUCAGUGCGCUCAUCCUUUCUGUCUCUCCGGGGAACUGAGGUAGUUCAGUGCGGGGUGAAGGCCCAUUGGCUGUGUCUGCCUUGCUGGGGGGCGGGGGGGGGGGGCGUGCGUGUGUGUGCGUGUGUGUGUGUGUGUGUGUGUGUGUGAGAGAGAGAGAGAAAAGGGUCCUCCCACUAGGCCGCGGUGAAGUCACCAAGCUUUCAAUCCGGAAUGAUUCCACAGGAAACCAAGUCCCCUCUUGGCCAUUCAUCUGUGACCCAUCUGUUCUGUGGACCGGCCAUGGCAAUCCGGACCAAGUGAACCAAACUUUAUUGCACACCUCCCAGUGCCAGGCACUGCGACAGGAACUCAAAACAGCAAGGAAAAGGACCCGGCUCCUGGCUCAAGGGGUUCAGUGAGAAGCAGCAACUCCUAACCCAUCGGUUGGCCAGAAGGGAUCCAAGGGAAUGAAAACUCCUUUUAACUCAGGCCAGAACAAAACAAUUAGGAGCGACAUUGGCCACCAACAGAACUCACAGGCAUCGGGCGCCGCCAUCUUUGUGUUCUCAUUUCCUUCUCACCACACUCUGAAAGGGGCUGCUGAUCCCCUUACUUUACGUGGAGCCGCUCAGAGAAGGCAAGCAACUUGCCCAAGGUCACAGCGGCGGAGCUGGGAGUGAACCGGUUGCGAUAGACUCCCAGCCUGGUGCUUUGCACGCUACCCCACAAAGUGUCCAUUUCUGCUCCAAAAGCCAAGUCAAGAGGAACAACAACAAAACCUGUCCUCCCCAUAUUAUCCAUGCAUGGAUAGUAAAUGGAAUGCUCACUGUCCAGUGGGGGAAUUUUGCCCUGGUCUUGACUGGGCUGGUGUAAUGCCCUCAUCACUAGGUCAUGCUUUGCUAAUGAAAGACUAUGGCCAGUUCAUUUACACACACACACACCACCACCACCACUAGUUUUUCCUUUUCCUUCUUUUUCCGGGCUUUUGUUGUGACAGGAUGGAGAGUGUAUUUCACUGAAGCUGAGGGGAGAGGUGAAUGGGAAUGCCUGGGGCCUAAGUGAUGCAGGAAAAGUGUAGGGGUGGGGAGCAGCGGGAUGAGGGGGAGGUAGUGGAAGUUAGUAGAGGGAAAUUGACAGCUUAAUUCUGCCCCUGGGGCUCAUUUUAUGGUUAAUUAGGACAUGCAAAUAAGCUGGAAGCUCAUUUAAUACUCUCCCUGGCAUGGAGCCCUGCCUCACACCUAGCCCACUUCCCUGGCAGGUACAGGGACCCCCUGAUUGGCCCAGGCAUCUGCCCAGGCCCCCACCUGCUUCUCUGUGGCUAUGUGGCCAGAGUGUGUCUCUAGAUGUUCCCCCACCAUAAGCAGGAGCUAGAAGAGUCCUUGCUGGGCCUGCCUGGUUUCCCUCCUUUCUAUCUCUUUCCAACCCUUCAGGACUGGGACCCCUCUUUCCCAGAGGGGCAUCCCCAAGCACCUUCCCUGCACCCACUCCUCAGGUUGAGAUCUGAACCCAAACUUGCCCAGAGGAAUAGAGACCUGGUUCGGCUCUGUCCCCACGACAUCCCCCUUGCUCCCCGUCAGGGAGGGGGCACCCCAUCUUUCCCAAGUCACACCAUUUCCUACAGGGCCUCCAUAAAAGCAAAAGCACAGCUUGUGACUUUGGGUAGCAGGGGCCUGUCUCCAGCUUUCAACGCACCUCAGGUCACCCCCCACCUUCUCCACCCAGAGCAGUUAAGGCACUUCUGCCAGUACAAUGGAAUGCGCACUGGAUUAGGAGUCCUCCAGGAUCUGAGACCCAUUUCUGUCCCUGUCAGCUUGAGUAUGUCGCUUGACCUCUCUGAGCCUCAUUUUUCUUGUCUGACAUGGGGAUAAUGCAGGGCUGCUGGAGCUUUGAAGGACGUAAUGCACACCAUGUAGACACAGCAGAAGCUCUCUACUGGGUCACCUGACCUUCGAUUCGGGCACUAACCAUGUGAACCAGAGCGAAACUGCUAGAAAAUAACAAAAACUUUCACUGGGGCUUGGCUUCCUCUUCUGUUAAAAAAAAAUGUAUACUGGCCCUAUUACCUCACCAGACUGUAGCAAGGAUCAGAGAAGACAAUAGGUUUCUCUAUUGUCUUCUAUUGUCUUCUCUGCAGUGUUUUUGUACAUGGUAAAAAUAUAACCCAGGUGGGCUGUUACUUGCGAAAUGGCAAACA